AUGUCUCCUACUCCCCCACUUCCUCAAGGUGCUGGCUAUGCCGUCGUACUUGGUCUCGGGUUAUUCUUUGCGUUGUUGAUGAACAUCAUCACAUGGAUACAGCAGAAAUUUUCUGACUUUUCGCCUAAUUCGGCCUCUGAGUUUUCGGCUGCAAGCCGAUCGCUCAAGACCGGUCUGGUUGUCGCUGGUAUCAUCAGUUCAUGGACAUGGAGUUUGACCCUUCUCCAAAGCGCGACUCAAUCGUACUCUAUGGGAAUAUCAGGAGGGUACUGGUACGCAAUUGGAGGCACCCUCCAAAUUGCCCUUUUCUCCGUUAUUGCUAGCAAGGUCAAAAUGAACGCUAAUAGAGCGACUACCUUUCCUGAAGUCGCGUACAUUCGUUUUGGUACCGCAGGCCACCUUGCUUUUCUAUGGUGUGGGCUUGUCUGCAAUGCCAUCGUAUCGGCUUGCAUUCUCCUUGGUAGUGGCACUGUCGUGACGGCGCUGACUGGAAUGAAUGCGUAUGCCGCGUUAUUCUUGAUUCCCGUUGGAGUAGCUAUUUACGUCGCUACUGGGGGUCUGCGAGCAACGUUUAUCUGCGAUGCGACACAUACAUUUGUGCUACUGCUCAUCCUUAUCUGUUUCUCCUUUAUUAUCAUGACUGGGGACAACGCCAUUGGUAGCCCCAGAAGGUUGCACGAGCUUCUUGUGACGGCAUCUGAGUUGUGGCCUGUCGAGGGGAACUACCACGGCUCUUAUCUUACGUUUCGAUCGCGGUCUGGUUCCAUUUUUGCGGUUCAAUCCAUCAUCACAGGUUUUGGCCUCGUUACCUGCGAUCAAGGGUACUGGUCAAAGGCUAUUGCCUCCAACCCGUCAACAACAGCAAAGGCCUACUUCCUUGGAGGUUUUGCAUGGUUCUCAAUCCCUUUUACGUGCGGUACUGCGCUCGGUCUGACGGCCCGCGCCCUCGGCUCUAUUCCCGGCUUCCCCGUCCUGUCAAGCUCUGAUAUUGGUUCAGGCUUGGCUGCUGUUGAGGCAGUUAGCUUCCUUCUCGGAAAGGCAGGAUCCGUCCUGAUGCUUCUACUCGUUUUCCUGAGCGUUACCUCGGCUCUCAGCGCCGAGCUCAUUGCGACAUCAACUCUCCUUUCUUAUGAUGUCUACCGUCAUUACUUCAAGCCGAACGCCACGAGUAAGGAGGUUGUCACUGCUUCACGAUACUUCAUCGUAUUUUGGUCCGUGUUUUCUGGAGCUUUGGCAUCUAUUUUCCACGCUGUGGGCAUCAACCUUGGCUGGAUCUUCUACUUCCUUGGAGUGUCAACAGCAUCUGGCGUGUUCCCGAUCGCCUUGACUUUCCUAUGGAAAGACCUCAGCGCAGCAGGUGCCGUCGCAGGAUCUAUCGGCGGCAUGAUCAUAGCGCUCGUCACUUGGCUCGUUACCGCAAAAUGCUACAUGGGAUCUAUCACUGUUGACACACUCAGUGAUCAGUGGGUUUCAUUCGCUGGAAACGCUGCGGCUAUUAUUUCUGGUGGUGUCCUAUCCAUUGGGUUAUCGCUUUGGCGUCCCGCGAACUUUGAUUGGGAGAAGACACGAGGUAUGAGUGUUGUCGAGGAGGAAGAUCUAUCAGCCACUUCAAGCAGAACAAGCGUUCAAUCGGAAAAAGUGAAAGCGAAGGACGACGUCCAGAGUGUUCACUCCAUUGAAGAACGGGCAUUCGUUUCUGGCGCUGAAAUCGACGGCUUGGAUUUGGCGGCACUGAAUAGGACCUUCAAAAAAUACAGCGUUAUCUUUACCGUUGUAGCGGUGAUUAUCACUUUCGUUAUACCUGUGCCUCUGAGCGCUGCACCGUACAUCUUCUCACCAAAAUUCUUUACGUUUGUGAUCGCUGUCAUGUUUAUCUGGCUUUUCUUUGCGUUCUUCCUUGUAGUCAUCCUGCCUCUCAUAGAAUCGCGUCAUGCUUUGAAAAGAAUUACCCUUGCUGUACUUGGAGUACGUUCAUCUCAAUCUACAUAA